AUGGUGGGUAAAUGGCCUGUAGGAGAAAUAACUGUCUGGAAAUCAUAUUUUUUUUAUGGACAUAAUAAUGGCGGGAGCGAAGGACGUUAUCAUCAAAUAGAAAUCGCCAAAAUUAAAUUAUUUACAGAUGUUGGAAGCCCAUAUCAAUUAACUAUUUCAAUGGAAUAUGUUUACCUGGCAGUAUCUCUUAUUCUACCAAGUAGGCUCUGGACUUUGUUAUGGUUAUCUAUCUCAGUAUUAUAUACAUUAUUCACACGUGAUGACAUCGGAGGUGCGCCAUUCUAUUGUCCAUCAAAUGUAACUUAUAAUUCUACAGAAUUUUAUGUAGCCUGCAAGAUUCGUGCUGCAAAUUUUGUUUCUAUGUGGUUAUUUGCUAUACUAGCUAUAAUGCUAAUGGUAACUAUUCCCGCUGGGAUUUUUCCGCAUGAUGAUACUGAACGUGAAAUGAUUAAAGAUAAACAAAUUGAUGUUCUCGGUUUAUGGACGAAUUGUGAUCCGGAUCCGGAUUAUCUG